CGAGCCAUGGCAGCGUUCGUGCCUACAAAAAGACGCCAUUACUAUUGCUUUCUAUAGCAGGGGUGUCAAACUCAUUAAAUGGAGGGCCUAGUGUCUGCAGGUUAUUAAACCCACAAUUAAACUACAAAUCCCACGAUGCUGCAUCUUGAGCUUCAAAACUGGAAAGUACGGAACACUGAAAAGUGUUUACUUGCUUUCAUUUUCACUUUUUGUGCUGACUAACUCUGCGACUGUUUUCCGCGUUGUGUACAAUUAGACAUUUAGGAUAAUCGCGCAUUCUUUCAACUAUUUAAUUAUUGCCUAUUAUUGCAUUGAAACGGGUAUUUUUUGACUAUCAAAUAAAUAUAUUCCCAUCACACAAGAUGACUUCCAUAGACAUUCGCCCGGAGUCCAAGAAGAUGGUCGAUGACUUCUGCGCUCAGCUCACUAAAGAGGCAGAGACCCUGGUCACAUCAUUCUUCCCUCAGAAGAUUGCAGAGAUGGAGAUGCUAUUGAAGAAGUCCUUUAGCACUGAUGGCCUGGCAGCGCUGAAGUCACCUCUGGACAUCCCAAUGCCAGACCCAGCUAAAGAAGAGGCAAAGAGAAAGAAGAAAGAGGAGAAAGAAGCAAAGGAAGGAAAGAAAGACAAGGACAGCGAUAAAGAAGAUGACGAUGCAGGGCCUGCCUGUGGUCCGAUCCCCUGCAACGAGAGAGUGGAAAGUCUUCUGAAGGAGAUCAAGCCUCAGAUCCAGAUACUGAAGGAGAAACUCAACACCGUGUCAAUGUGGGUGCAACUCCAGAUUCCCAAAAUUGAAGAUGGGAACAACUUUGGGGUAGCUGUGCAGGAAAAAGUGUUUGAAUUGUUGACCAACACUCGCACAAAGAUUGAGGGAUUCCAGACACAGAUCUCAAAGUACUACAGUGAGAGAGGGGAUGCUGUUGACAAGGCCUCAAAAGAGCCACAUGUGGGAGACUACAGGCAGCUGGUGCAUGAGCUGGACCAGUACCAGUACUGUGACCUGCGCAUCGUGGUUCUGGAGAUCUGCAACACUUAUGCCGUGCUGUUGGACAUAAUUAACAAGAACUAUGACAAGAUCAAGAAGCCCAGAGGGGACUGCAAAGCCCUCAUCUACUGAUGAUCAACUGACUGUUGUAUGUGCACUGGAGACGGCAAUACACCUACUCAACCAUUCACUGGUUAUGAUACAAAUCGUGUAGUGCAACAUGUUAAGAUGAUUGUUGGGUAACUGAAUACAUUGACAGUUCAUUUAAAAACAUUUUCAUUUUCAUUUGAUAAAAAUAACCCUGCUGUAUUACACAAUCAUUUUUAUUCCGAUUUCAAAAUAAAGCAGUGAUAACUGACAUAA